AUGUGGACUAAUGGGCUGCUUUCUGUUGAGAGUUCCGCAGAGGCCAAGAAUGAACUGUGGUGUGUCAUGUGGAGAGACAACCAUGGCAGCGAAAAGGUUAAAAUGUUACCCAGAGACAACCAUGGCAGCGAAAAGGUUAAAAUGUUACCCAGAGACAACCAUGGCAGCGAAAAGGUUAAAAUGUUACCCAGAGACAACCAUGGCAGCGAAAAGGUUAAAAUGUUACCCAGAGACAACCAUGGCAGCGAAAAGGUUAAAAUGUUACCCAGAGACAACCAUGGCAGCGAAAAGGUUAAAAUGUUACCCAGAGACAACCAUGGCAGCGAAAAGGUUAAAAUGUUACCCAGAGACAACCAUGGCAGCGAAAAGGUUAAAAUGUUACCCAGAGACAACCAUGGCAGCGAAAAGGUUAAAAUGUUACCCAGAGACAACCAUGGCAGCGAAAAGGUUAAAAUGUUACCCAGAGACAACCAUGGCAGCGAAAAGGUUAAAAUGUUACCCAGAGACAACCAUGGCAGCGAAAAGGUUAAAAUGUUACCCAGAGACAACCAUGGCAGCGAAAAGGUUAAAAUGUUACCCAGAGACAACCAUGGCAGCGAAAAGGUUAAAAUGUUACCCAGAGACAACCAUGGCAGCGAAAAGGUUAAAAUGUUACCCAGAGACAACCAUGGCAGCGAAAAGUGUGACGUUCUUCCAUCAGAUGCUGACAGUCUCUCAGCAACACCAGACAAGUGA